AACUUUCCUGUCCCCGGAGAGCUUCAUCAAACCUUUAAAAACAUUUAAAAGGAAAUCAAGUCUUCGCUUCGAAGAUGACAUCGGGAAGAAGUCUCCUCUCGCUUCCACUGCUUUUGGUGAUGCUAGCCUGCGCGACGGGUAACCAACCCGCCAGAAUAACAUGCUACUUCAGCAACUGGGCAAUUUAUCGACCGGAUGUCGGCAGUUACGGAGUGAAGGACAUUCCGGGUGAUCUUUGCACCCAUAUUAUUUAUUCGUUCAUCGGUGUAAGCAAUGUCACUUGGGAGGUGCUUAUCCUUGAUCCAGAGCUGGAUGUCGAUCAGGAGAAUUACGUAACCUUUAACAAACUGAGGACCAAAUAUCCGCACUUAAAGACUUCCGUGGCCGUUGGCGGUUGGGGAGAGGGUGGCAGGAAGUACAGUGCUCUUGUCAGCGUGAAAGAGAGACGCGAUACUUUCAUCAAGAGUGUAGUCGAAUUUAUGCACAAAUAUGACUUUGACGGUUUCGAUCUCGACUGGGAGUAUCCUGGUGCCGCUGACAGAGGUGGAAGCUUCUCCGAUAAAAACCACUUCUUCUACUUCGUUGAAGAAUUAAGACGCGCCUUCGAUAAAGAGAAGAAGGGAUGGGAACUCACGAUAGCGGUUCCGAUGGCCAAGUUCCGUCUGGACGAGGGAUACCAUGUACCAGAAUUGUGCCAGAACAUGGACGCUAUUCACGUAAUGUCUUACGAUCUUCGUGGCAAUUGGGCUGGUUUCGCAGACGUACACAGUCCCCUUUACCGCAGACCGCACGAUCAGUGGGCAUACGAAAAAUUAAACGUCCAUGACGGUCUUCGGCUAUGGGAGGAAAAGGGCUGUCCCGCUAAGAAACUGAUUGUUGGAAUACCGUUAUACGGACGUACCUUCACCCUCAGUCAAAGUAACAACGAUUACUCGCCCGGAACUUACAUUAACAAAGAGGCUGGAGGCGGCGCACCUGGGGAGUACACGCAAGCUAAAGGAUUUCUCUCUUACUACGAGAUUUGUACUAGAUUGCAAGCCCCAGGCAGCAACUGGACCCAGAAAUUCGACGAUAUUGGCAAAGUCCCAUACACUUAUCAGGGAACGCAAUGGGUCGGUUAUGAAAACGUAGAGAGUGUAAAAUACAAGAUUGAUUUCAUUAAGGAAGAACGGUACGGUGGUGCUAUGGUCUGGGCCAUCGAUAUGGACGAUUUCCAGGGACUUUGCGGUGCGCGCAACCCUCUGAUGAACAUCAUUAACGAAGGGUUGAAAGGAUAUAUCGUAACGGACAAAGACUUUCCUACUACGCCCACGCCUGAAUGGGCAAGACCACCAAGCACUACUUCGUCGGAUAAUAUUCGACCCACUGAGCAACCAUCUUCGACUACUUCUGCCGAAAGACCUACCCAAAAACCAGAAGUAACCUCAUCAUCGGCAAUUCCAACUGCCACCACAGAGGACACGAAUAAAUCGAAACCCACGGAAUUACCAGUCGACGAUAACGAAGCGGAGAAAAUUGUUUGCGAAAAUUCUGACAAAUUCGUCCCGUCUAAAGACUGUAGUUCUUACUACGAAUGCGUUCACGGAUCGCCAAUGAAGUUCACUUGUCCAAAUAAUCUAAUUUGGAACAGGAUUAACAAGGUUUGCGAUUGGCCGCAAAAUGCUGACCGAGAAGAAUGCAGACCUCAAUAA